CUCGGGCCCACGAUCCACGCCACAGUCCACUGGAACCCGGAGUAUCGGAGCAUCGGAAUCGGCGAGACCUAAACCGGGCUAUCACUGCCCGCAAAUUGAUAUACACACCUAUGCAAGUGCACCAUCAGCACCUUAAUCGACUGGCAGUUGCCGUAUCUCAGAGGCGGGUCCAAAGUAUCGCCCAGCACGGCGCAGAGCCGAUUCCUUCGUCAACAGCGGCGCAUUUGACCGCCUGCCAAUAAAAAUGGCUGCCAUAUAACCACACAAGGCGGACGGAACCACACAAAGUCGGAGCUUUGCGAUUAGACAAGACAUUUCGGGGAGUUCAAGGCGAGAUCCCCAGCAGUAAGGAACCCCCAUUUUCGGGCAGACUGAACCGAACCGGAGCAGACCAAAGAUGAAUAGCCUGGCGCGGGUCUUCAGCAACUUCCGCGACUUCUACAACGACAUCAAUGCCGCCACCCUCACGGGAGCCAUCGAUGUGAUCGUGGUGGAGCAGCGGGAUGGCGAGUUCCAGUGCUCACCAUUCCACGUUCGAUUCGGCAAGCUGGGAGUGCUCAGGAGUCGGGAGAAGGUGGUGGACAUUGAGAUCAACGGCACACCGGUCGACAUUCAGAUGAAGCUGGGCGAUUCCGGCGAGGCCUUCUUCGUGGAGGAGUGCCUGGAGGAUGAGGACGAGGAGCUGCCGGCCAACCUGGCCACCUCGCCAAUCCCCAACAGCUUCCUGCAGUCGCGGGACAAGGCGAACGACACCAUGGAGGACAUCAGUGGAGUGGUGGCCGACAAAAACGCUAGCGAGGAACUGCUCCUGCCCCUGCCGUUGCCGCGACGCAACUCCAUUGACUUCUCCAAGGAGGAGCCCAAGGAAGCCGCCGUCGAAGGCGGCAAGUUCGAGAACCAGGUCUCGGACUACACGCAGCGCAGACACACGGACAACACUCUGGAACGUCGCAAUCUGAGCGAGAAACUGAAGGAGUUCACCACCCAGAAGAUACGCCAGGAGUGGGCCGAGCACGAGGAGCUGUUCCAGGGCGAGAAGAAGCCGGCCGAGUCGGAGCUGGAGAGCCAAAGCAAAGCUUCCAAUGAGGCAGUUGAGACGGAGAAGGAAGUGCAGAGCGUGGGGGAAGACAAGGCGAAGGAGCCGCCCAAGCCAGAUAUUACCCUAACUCCGGUCACCACCAGCGAGGCCACCAAGGAGGGGUCCAAGAGCAAGACCAAGAAGCGGCGCAAGAAGUCGCAGAUGAAGAAGAACGCCCAGCGCAAGACCUCCUCGAGCAGCUCCGUGGGCAGUGCAGCCGGAGGCGAUUUGCCCUCGGCAGAGACGUCUUCUUUGGGAGUGACCAACAUCGAUGAAGGCGAUGCCCCCCUAUCUAGUGCCACCAACAACAACAACACCUCCUCGUCAAAUGAUGAGCAACCUUCGGCUCCUCUGGUCACCGCCCGCACCGGUGACGAUAGCCCGCUUAGCGAGCUGCCCCACACCCCGACCACCAAUCCACGUCUGGACUUGGACAUUCACUUCUUCAGCGACACGGAGAUCACCACUCCCGUUGGAAGUGGCGUGGGCGGCUCGGGUCGCGUCGCCGGCGGACGACCUUCGACGCCCAUCCAGAGCGACAGUGAGCUGGAGACAACGAUGCGGGACAAGCGGCAUGUGGUGGACGACGAAAACGCCGCCUCGUGGAAAUGGGGCGAGCUGCCCACACCGGAGCAGGCCAAGAGCGAUGCCAUGAGCGCUGCCCAGGUGCAGCAGAGCGAGCACCAGUCGAUGCUAAGCAACAUGUUUAGCUUUAUGAAGCGGGCCAAUCGACUGCGCAAGGAGAAGGGAGUGGGCGAAGUGGGGGACAUAUAUCUCUCCGAUCUGGAUGCAGGCAGCAUGGAUCCCGAGAUGGCGGCCCUAUACUUCCCCACACCGAGGUCCAAGGAGGCCUCGCCGCCGGAGGAGGAUGGCGAGAGUGGCAACGGCACCAGCCUGCCCCACUCUCCCAGCUCGCUGGAGGAGGGUCAGAAGAGUAUGGACUCGGACUUUGACGAAACCAAGCAGCAGCGGGACAACAAGUACUUGGACUUCGUGGCCAUGUCCAUGUGCGGAAUGUCGGAGCAGGGAGCAGCGCCCUCGGACGAGGAGUUCGACCGCCACCUGGUCAACUAUCCAGACGUGUGCAAAAGCCCCAGCAUUUUUUCAUCGCCUAACCUAGUCGUACGGCUGAAUGGCAAAUACUACACCUGGAUGGCUGCAUGUCCUAUUGUCAUGACAAUGAUCACCUUCCAGAAGCCACUAACCCAUGAAGCCAUCGAGCAACUAAUGUCCCAGACGGUGGAGGGCAAGUGUCUGGUUGAAGGCGAAAAGCAGGAAGCUGCUGCCCAGGCCGACAAUGUGGGCCAGACCAAGCGUUACUGGUGGAGCUGGCGGCGCUCCCAGGACGCUGCGCCCAACCAUGUGACCAAUGCCCAUGGAAUGCCAUUGGGCAAGGAUGAGAAGGAUGGCGAUCAGGCGGCGGUGGCCACGCAAACCUCACGGCCCACCUCGCCGGACAUCAGUGAUCCCACGCUGAGCAAGAGCGACUCGUUGGUGAACGCAGAGAACACCUCGGCGCUGGUGGACAACUUGGAGGAGCUGACCAUGGCCUCCAACAGGAGCGAUGAGCCCAAGGAGCGCUACAAGAAGUCCCUGCGACUCAGCUCGGCGGCCAUUAAAAAACUGAACCUCAAGGAGGGCAUGAAUGAGAUCGAGUUCAGUGUGACCACCGCUUACCAGGGGACGACACGUUGCAAGUGCUACUUGUUCCGCUGGAAGCACAACGACAAGGUUGUGAUCUCCGACAUUGACGGCACCAUCACCAGGUCGGAUGUGCUGGGCCACAUCCUGCCCAUGGUGGGCAAGGACUGGGCGCAGCUCGGGGUGGCGCAGCUCUUCUCGAAGAUCGAGCAGAACGGCUACAAGCUGCUCUACCUCUCGGCGAGGGCCAUCGGCCAGAGCAGGGUGACACGCGAGUAUCUCAGGUCGAUCCGGCAGGGCAACGUGAUGCUUCCGGACGGCCCACUUCUGCUGAAUCCCACGUCCCUGAUAUCGGCGUUCCACCGCGAGGUGAUCGAGAAGAAGCCGGAGCAGUUCAAGAUCGCCUGCCUGUCCGACAUCCGCGAUCUCUUCCCCGACAAGGAGCCCUUCUAUGCCGGCUACGGCAACCGCAUCAAUGACGUGUGGGCCUACCGAGCCGUCGGCAUUCCCAUCAUGCGCAUAUUCACCAUCAACACCAAGGGCGAGCUGAAGCACGAGCUGACCCAAACAUUCCAGUCCUCAUACUGCAGCAUGACCUACAUUGUCGACCAGCUGUUCCCGCCGGUGAAACACGACGAAGCCUCCGCCGAGUUCUCCAACUUCAACUACUGGCGCGACCCCAUCCCCGACCUGGAGAUCCCCGAGCUGGAGACGGCACUGGUACCGCCCAGCAGCAAGGUGGAGAUGACCACCCUGCGACCCAUUCCCGAGCAGUGAACUGGUCCCUCAGCCCCUACCUACACUAUAACCACAUUUAUACGGAUAUGCAACACACUCUAUAUAGCAGAUAGCGCUUUUCCAAUUUGUUUGCGUAGCUUCAAACCCUCUAGAUGUGCUUACCAAAAAUGAAAUAUCUAUAACUUUGCAUAAGCUUGGCCAGGAUUCGCGAUUGCCUUGGUUUCAUUAUCAUUAUCUGUUACGUUUCGACCGCUUCUAGUUAAAUGGUUGGACUUAAGUUGUAAUCAAAAUUGAGUUUUAUUAUUACUAUAGUUAGUUCUUUUGAGACUCCCGCAGGUUCUUAGAAGAGGCGUAUUCCAAACGGCGUAUGGGAGUUGUGAUUUUCGAUUUCAUUAUUUUUCGUAUGUGAUCAUUUAAGUUUAGUUCAUUGUGAUGUGGUUUUAUUUGGAGUUUUAAUGAAAACUGUGCUUUAGACCUAUGUAUACUUAACGAUAGUGUUUCAAUACAAAUAAAUGCUUCGAAUUCAAAGAAGGCCGAGAUAAA